AUGAUGAAAAUAAAUGUCGGACCUCCUUUAGAUGGUGAGCUGAGCAUCGAUAUAUCAGCGAACCCCACCAUCAUGGAUGUCAAGGCAUAUAUUUACAAGAUCAGUACCAUUCCUACAUCAAACAUUAAAAUAUUCCGAAACAACAUCGAGAUGGCGAACACCGUGAGCACAGCCGAUUUUGCCAAUAACUCAACAGAUCAUUUCACAUGCAUUAUUGAUGAACAAACAGAAAAUAAUAACAAUAUUCGACAAGAAGACAUCGAUAAAAAGGUUGAUUUCAUCUCAAACAUGGGCUAUCAAAGAGAGAACGUCAUCAAGGCAUUAAAAGAUACAAAUUACAAAACAGAAGAUGCGAUUUCAUUAUUAAAAUCUUCCAUCUCGAGACAAAGAGCCGAUUUUACAUCAAAAAAGGAACAACAUUCCAACAAAAUCAGCCAUGAUCGUAGCAAACACAAAGAAAAAUGGACUUCAAGUGAUGAUGAAAAAUUACUUGAUUUAUACUUAAAAGUAUCUAAAACAUCAAUCAAAUGGAGCUUUAUACAGCAAUACUUCCCUAAUUGUUCAACAUCUCGUCUCGAAAAGAAAUUUAAUAAAAUCAUCAAAAAAAUUCAACAAAAUAAGAGUAAUAUCAAAAUGCCACCUGCAUUACUAAACGAUGUAUUUGGGUUCGUCGAUAUCAAUCUUCAUAAAAGUAAUUUGACUCAAAGUUUUGACAGAAAAGUGCCAAUAAACGUUAUAAAAUUAAUUUUAAGUUUUAAUCAGAACAAAUGCAAUAUUGAUGAUGUUGUUAAAGAGAAAGAUUUUAAUUCAUUUCCAAAAGGAUAUUUAAUUUACUUGAUUUAUUGGAUCCACAUUAAUUUGAACAUUUUUGUUUUGCCGUCGAAUAAAUGGUCAUUAAAAGAAAUCAGAAUUCUUCUUGACAGGCAUUACAACAACAACAAUGACCAAGAGAUUGCUUCCCAAUUGAAGAAGAAAGAUAAUUUCGAUGUACAUGACAAAAUCAAACAAAUUAAAAUGGCAAUAAUUGAAGAUAUCGAAUUAACAACUUUUGCAAAAUAUUUUGAGAAUUUCGAAGUGAAAGAAUGCGAAUACAACAGAGAUGACAUUCCUGUUUACGUCAAUGACUUGUUAAACAAGUAUUUGAACUUCGAAAAUGAUAAAUUGAGAUUAAAUCAAUGGAGCCAAGCAACAAAUUAUGAAAGUGAAAUUGAAGAAGAUUUGAUUUCUAAAGAAUUCCAAUGGAAUGACGAAAUGGAAAUGAAACUUUUGGAUGGAGUAGAGGAAUAUGGAAGUACUAAUUCUGGUUUUAGAAAGAUAUUGAAGAAAAAUGAAUGGGAAUUUCCAAUUGAAGAAAUUACGAAACAUUUCAAACAAAUAAAAACUGAAAUUUGCGAAGGAAAGAAGAAAAAUUUGAUCAAAAACAGAACAAAAUUAGUCAUUAAUCCUUUCAAACUCGUAAAGACUUACUUGGCUAUUGGUAAUAUCCAGUCUAUAUACCCUUUCUGCACUUUAGGAUAUUUAAGAUAUCUCUUGUUUUUCAUUUCUUCAUUCAUUGCAUCACAAAAAGUGACAAAUAAACAGAAAGAGUGGACUUUGAACGAUGUAAGAGUGAUGCUCGAGAUGAGUAGCGAUGGAGAGAGUGAUUCAAGCAUAAGCGAAAGGUUAAAUCACAAAUUCGACGUGAAUUCAAUUGUCGAUAAGAAAUUAGAAAUUGUCAGACAGUUGAGAUCAAGCGAAAUGAAGAAAUUUGUGCAGUAUGGAGAGAACGCAGCUAUUCCUAAUCAAGAUUUCGAAAUUGAUGAAAAUUAUAUUCCAAUUUAUUUUAUCAAAAUCCUUGAAGACUACAAUAAUCGUAAUAAGAACAUUGUUAAUAUAUUAGAUGUCGUAGAUUUAUUCAAAAAAUCAGAUAAUAAUUUUAAUUUUGACUUAUUUAAGCAAAAAUUCCCUGAAAAUAAUCCAGGACAUCUUUUAUUCAUCUUCCAUUGGCUUGUUUUCUCUCUUAACAAAUGCAUUUAUGUAGAUGGAUGGUCUCAUUACGACAUAAAACAAGUUUUUAUUGAUUAUUAUGAAAAAGUUGAUCCAGAAUUGACAAGAAAGAAGUUGUUGACACGAAAAACAGCUGAUGAAAUCGUCAGAUUCAGAACACAGUUGAUAGAAUCGCUGAAGAAACCUCCGAACUUGGAAGAAUUCAUGUCUUCUGUUAAAUUCGAUGUGAAUGAAAGUGAAUAUGACUUUCUAGGAAUUCCAAGUUAUUUACGUGAUGCUGUAUCACUUUAUAAAAAUCACCGCCGCGUUUUGGAAGGAGCUUAUAAAUGGACAAAAGAAAAUGAACAACUUCUGUUGACAUUGUUCUCAGCGCGAAAAGCGAAUUGGGAGAAAAUUAGUCAAAAUUUCCCAAAUUGCCAACUUAAUGAUUUGAAAAAUCACUUUAAAGAACUGAAAAGCGAAAUAGAAAACGGAAACAAGCGUAAUUUCGAAAUUACUGCCGAAGAAAAGGAUUUCAUCAUGAAAUACCAACCAGAAAAGGAAGAAAAAUACGAAGAAAAUGAAAGCAUAGUUGUUUUGAAAUCGGAAAAAUACGAAAUUCCGAAAAUUCCAACAGAAGCAAUUGAUAUCAAGGACAUUUUAAUGAAACUGAAAGAAAACAGCAUGUAUUACAAGAAAUUGGAUAAUUAUAAAGGUCUUUCGAGUGGAUACAUUGCUUUCUUAGUUUUCGCUUUGAUGAUGAGAUGUAGGAAAUACAACUUCAAGAGAUACAAUGAGAAAUACUACAGAAUGGCAAUAUUAAUGCAUUAUGAUAACGUAAAUAAAAGACUAAUGCAGAACUACGUCAAUAUCAACAUCGAAAGAUUUUUAGCUCUCAUAUCAAAAUACAACAAAAAACUACUAAAUCAAGAAUUGCUCCAAAGUUAUAUUGAUGUUGCAGAAACAGUAAAAGUAACAAAUGAAUAUUCAGUUCAAGGAGUUCCUGUGUAUUUCGAUCUGAUUGGAAAAGCUUAUAGAAAGAUUGUUUAUGAUCAAGGAAAGUGUGAAUUGAACCAAGAACAAAAGGUUCUUCAGAAGAAAUUCCAGAAAACUGAGAAAAAUUAUUAUUCUGACGAAUCUGAAUCGGAAAGGAAGAAAGCUGCAAAACAAAAGAAAUCAAAGAAGAACAAACAUAAAAAGAAGAGCUCGGAUGAUGAUUUCAUUUCUUCUGAUUUCAUUGAAAUGGAAACUUCCGAUGAUUAUGAUUUCGAAACAAAACAAAAGAGAAAACCUGGACAAAAAAAGAGUGCUGUUUCUUCUGAAUCAGAAGUAUUUGAGUCAGAAAUUGAUCAAAAACAAAAACAAACACCACAAAAGAAAGAAGUUUCUGAUGAAUCUGAUAAUUCUCCAUCUGAUACGGAAUCAAAAGAAAAAACAGAACAAAUUCCUGAAAAGACAAUCGUUUCAUCUGAUUCUGAUAACUCAGAGUCAGAAGUCGAAGUUAAACAAAAGAAGAAACCAGGAAGAAAGAAGAAAGUUGUUGUUGCUUCUUCAGAUUCUGAUUCAGAUGUGGAACAAAAGCCAAAGAAAAGAGGAAGACCAAAACGAGUUGUUUCAUCCGAUUCUGAUGAUUCUGAUUCAGAAGUUGAAGUUGAAGUCAAACCAAAGAAAAGAGGAAGACCGAAACGUAUCGUUUCUUCAGACUCUGAUAAUUCUGAAUCAGAAGUUGAAGUCGAAGUUAAACCAAAGAAAAGAGGAAGACCGAAAAGAAUUAUUUCAUCUGAUUCUGAUGAUUCUGAAUCAGAAGUCGAAGUUAAACCAAAGAAAAGAGGUCGACCAAAAAGAAUUAUUUCUUCAGAUUCUGAUGAUUCUGAUUCGGAAGUUGAAGUUGAAAUUAAACCACCACCUCCACCACCAAAACGCAAAAGAGGAAGACCGAGGAAGAAUCCAAUUAUUGCUUCAGAUGAAAGCGAGGAUCAAGAGAAAAGGACACAAUCAAUUAAACCUAUCAUCAAAUCAACAAAAUCUCUUUCUGAUGAUGAAAAAUCUUCCCAACAAAGAGAUUCUGAUGAUGAAAAAUUAACAUCUUCAGGAGAAGUGAAAUAUUGGACAAAGGAACGAGAUCAGAAGUUAGUUUCGAUGCACAACAAGUUCUUCAAUGAUUCAGAGCUUUGGAACAUAAUUAAAAAGGAAUUUCCAGAAGUUUCCAUCCAAAAUCUUCGCUACAGACUUUAUACUUUGAGAUUACUGAGUGAAACAAAUCAAAGAAGGGACUUAAUUUUCAGUCAUUAUUCUAAUGAAGAAGAGCCUUCACAGAGAACGAAACAAGCUUACAUGAAAAGCUCUUUCAAAUCCAAGACAAUCAACGUUUGUUCACUUGUUAAAACUUAUUUCAGCAGUGGAAGAAAUGUUGAUUCUUGCUUCAGAAAUUACAGUUCUGGAUACUCAAAAGGAUACGUAAUUUAUGUUUUGUUUUGGCUUUCAAUGAAACUCAAUUUCAGACCUUUCCUAAUUAAGGACUGGACAAUGAGAGAAAUCAGAGUUCUCUUGGAGAAGUCUUACGAAGGAAUCGAGUACAACGUUAUCUGUGAGUACUUGAACAAGAAAACAGCAAGAAGAGCUGAAAUGAUGAGGAAAUUAAUUCCAAAAAUUAUCAUGGAAACAAAGGAAUUGCAUGACUUUAUAGUUAUGUUUGAUCAGUGCGACUCAUCGAAUCAGCAACUCGACCAUGAUGACAUUCCUUUAUACGUUUGCCAACUUGUUGAUUUCUUUAAUUCAUCAAAGAAUUCAAAUCAAAAUGUUUAA